UGCUGGCUGGCGUUUUGGGCCCUGGGCGCUGGGACAUCUUUCGGAAGCAUUCUCUCCAGCGGGCCGCAGCGGCCGCCCUCUUUGUCUGUGUUCCUGCAGCCGUUCUCUGGCCCCAGGCAACUCCAUGGUGGGUGAAGAGAAGAUGGCUUUAAGAAACCGAGUGACAAAGUCCAGUGAAAUCCCUGAGAAAGAUGAAGACCGGAGAAACCUUAUGAAGGAAUCUCUGGAGACACACAGAAAUGGUCAACUUGACAUAAAACAGCUGAUAGCAAAGAAGAGACAGUUGGCAGCAGAGGCAGAGGAAUUGAAGCCACUCUUUUUGAAGGAAGUUGGCAGUCACUUUGAUGAUUUUGUGACCAACCUCAUUGAAAAAUCCGCAUCAUUAGACAAUGGUGGGUGUGCCCUCACCACUUUUUCCAUCCUUGAUGAAAUGAAAAACAACCAUCGGGCUAAGGAUCUGAGAGCACCUCCAGAACAAGGAAAGAUUUUCAUUGCAAGACGAUCUCUCUUAGAUGAACUGUUUGAAGUGGACCAUAUCAGAACAAUUUAUCACAUGUUUAUUGCCCUCCUCCUCAUCUUUAUCCUCAGUACUUCUGUAGUAGAUUACAUUGAUGAAGGAAGGUUGGUGCCUGAGUUCAACCUCAUGUCUUAUGCCUUUGGCAAAUUUUCUACUGUAAUUUGGACAUGGUGCCUCAUGUUCCUCUCCACACUUUCAAUUCCCUAUUUCCUCUUUCAACAUUGGGCCAAAGGCUACAGCAAGAGUUCUCAUCGGUUCAUCAGUACUUUUAUCCAUGGCUUGUUUUUCAUAGUCUUCCAGCUGGGGAUUAUAGGUUUUGGACCAACAUAUAUCACAUUAACAUAUUCAUUGCCACCAGCUUCCCGGUUCAUUGUUAUACUUGAGCAGAUUCGAAUGGUAAUGAAGGCCCACUCAUUUGUCAGAGAGAAUGUACCACGAGUACUAAAUGCAGCCAAAGAAAAGUCAAGUACAGUUCCAAUACCCACAGUCAACCAGUACUUGUAUUUCUUGUUUGCGCCCACCCUCAUCUACCGUGACAGCUAUCCCAGAACUCCCACUGUAAGAUGGCGUUAUGUUGUUAUGCAAUUCACACAGGUCUUUGGUUGCCUAUUUUAUGUGUACUACAUCUUUGAAAGGCUCUGUGCCCCUUUGUUCCGGAACAUCAAACAGGAGCCCUUCAGCGCUCGUGUUCUGGUCCUGUGUGUGUUUAACUCCAUCUUGCCAGGUGUGCUGAUACUGUUCCUUACUUUCUUUGCCUUUUUGCACUGCUGGCUCAAUGCCUUUGCUGAGAUGUUACGCUUUGGUGACAGGAUGUUUUAUAAGGAUUGGUGGAACUCCACAUCAUACUCCAACUACUAUAGGACCUGGAAUGUGGUGGUCCAUGACUGGCUGUACUACUAUGCAUACAAGGACCUUCUGUGGUUUUUCACAAAGAGAUUCAAAUCUGCGGCCAUGUUAGCGGUCUUCGCUAUGUCAGCUGUAGUGCAUGAGUAUGCCCUGGCUGUUUGCUUGAGCUAUUUCUAUCCCGUGCUCUUUGUGCUCUUCAUGUCUUUUGGAAUGGCUUUCAACUUCAUCGUCAAUGAUGGUCGGAAAAGGCCGAUUUGGAACAUUAUGAUGUGGACCUCUCUUUUCUUGGGCCAUGGAGUCGUUCUGUGCUUUUAUUCCCAAGAAUGGUAUGCACGUCAGCACUGUCCUCUGAAAAAUCCCACGUUUCUGGAUUACAUCCGGCCCCGUUCUUGGACUUGUCGCUAUGUGUUUUAGAAGCUGGGACUUCAUUUCUUUCCUUGCCACAGAAGAUUGACUAUCCUGCCUGAUUUGGAGCCAGCUGUUCCUGAAGUUACCUGUGCUAUUUGGACUGCUCCAGCCUUUCCAGAUGGCCUACUACCUCCCUACUUCACCUGAGCCUGUGCUGUGGGAAGUUCACAUAACAGGCAUUUUUUCCCCCUUUUUGAGACGGGAAACUGAUGGCUGAGGUAAUGGCAAGCUUUUGCUGGGUCAUCUCAGCUCAAGCCUUGAUAACUGUUUUGUUUUGUUUCUUCACUCUAUUUAAUCAAGGGACUAAACAUCAUGUUUUUCUGGCACUGAAAAUUGGCCAAAAUGUGAAGAACUCAUUUACAUACCUCUGGUUUCAUAUCGUAACAUACCAUACUGUUGGAAGGUAUGCUAAUCUACCAUCAAUUGUAGAAGAAAGCAAAUUAAAAUGGAACCAUUUUUUCUGUUUCUAUUAGAAAAAAUAUAUCUCUUUUCCAAAGAUAGUCUCAUUUUACAAUCUAUUUCAUUUAUUUGUUGGAACUGUUUUGUUUUCUGGUUGUGCUAGGGAUCAAACCCAGGGUCCCACACAUGCUCAGCAGUGCUCUACCAUGGAUACACCGUCAUCCCAUGCACAUCUUGAGGGAUUCUGUAGUCAGAAGGGAAAAAAGAGGGAAGUAGCACAAGACAAGCAAAAGCAUUUCCUCAUGUGCUUAAAUUAUAUUAUGGAACUCACAUGGGAGAUAUUUUCUUAAGGUUAUAAUUUCUUGGAAGUUAUUUAGAAGUGUUCUUUGAUAUAACUGUUAUUCUCUGCUAAAUAUUGACUGAUUUUUGCAGACUAGACAGUCUGUAAGUAUUAAUCACCUGCAUUAAUAAAGUGAUCAUUAAACAUCCAGAA